UGUUGGAAAAAAAAAAAAAGGAAAAAGAAGUGUAGUUCGCUAAGGGGGAAAGGUGAAGAAAGAAAUAGCUGAAGUGAAGAUGGCGAGAGGCUCCCGGUGUUUACGGAGAGCGGUAGCCGAGUGUAUUAAACAGUUACCGUUCACAGCUACUCGAGAAACACCGGGCAGGAAUGGCGUCAGAUAUCUGUCAUCGUGUGGGAUUCUGAUGACCAGGGUGUCUCCUUUCUUGCGGACCGUGUCUGGCCGUCCUGCCCUCAGUUCCACCAGAAGCUUCUUCAACCUCACCGAUUCCUUUAACAAGAGGAAAGAGUACUCCGAGAGACGCAUCAUCGGGUAUUCCAUGCAAGAGAUGUAUGAAGUGGUGUCCAAGGUCGAAGACUAUCUUCACUUUGUGCCCUGGUGCAAGCGCUCGGACGUAGUGUUCCGACGGUCUGGUUUCUGUAAGGCCAAGCUAUCAGUGGGAUUUCCUCCCGUGGUGGAGAAUUACACGUCUCUUGUUACUACAGUGCGCCCCCAUUUGGUGAAGGCUUCGUGUUCAGACGGUAAACUGUUUAAUCACCUGGAGACGGUGUGGCGCUUCAGUCCUGGCUUACCUGGCUACCCCCGUACCUGCACCCUGGACUUUGCUAUUUCCUUCGAGUUCCGCUCCCUGAUCCACUCUCAGUUGGCCACCGUGUUCUUCGACGAAGUCGUGAAGCAGAUGGUUUCGGCGUUUGAACGACGGGCCUGCACGAUCUACGGCCCCGAGACACAGAUCCCACGCGAGCUGAUGUUCCACGAGGUCCACCACACGUAGCGCAUCUCCACACGGACACACCUCCAGGGUGGGAGGGCAUUAUUGAGGGAAUUCUGUGAAAAGGGUGCUUUUGGAGAGAGAGGGAGGAGGGGAGGAGGGAAGGAGGGAGCGAGGGAGGGAGGGGGGGGAGCGAAACGAAACAAACACACAACUACACGUGCCUCAUUAUGGGCAGUACCCGGUCCAAACACAACCGUCUGAUUUGAUUUGACAUUUUUAAUCCCAAGUUAUUUUCCAGGCUGGAUCUAAUUCGAGGGCUUGACACCGUUGGCAUAAUAACUGCGUCACUCCAUCUCUAGGAAUGUUUUAGAACUGCGCUUUGAGCCAUAUUGUUUAACGCCCGCUGGAUUAUGUGGAAGGUCUGCCAAGAGCUCCGUAAACACAUUGUUUUUGUUGUUGUUUUUUUUUUCGGAUGUGAGAAGGUGCAAAGGAGAUGGAGCCGGUUAUUUAUUCAGCACGUGUGGGAUUGAGGAUUUCAGUAGGAUUGAACCAGUUGUGUUUUUCAAUUUUUUUUUAUCAUCUAGUAAGCUUUUUUUUUUUUUUUGGGGGGGGGGGCGUGUGUGUUUUGUUUUAAAAAAAAUUAAACAAACACACUCAAACUAUUUCAGAAGAGCUGGACCUGGGGUGAUGUGCAUUGUGCAUACUCGCGUAAUCAUAAGCAGUAUUUUCUUUUCUUUUCUUUUCUUUUUUUUUUUUCUUCUUCUCCGUACACAAACUCGCAAGACGACUCGACUCGAUUCGAUUCGAGCGCCCUGCGUAUAACGUGUACGCCGUGUCGAUGCUCCGAGUGCUAUUGCACGCAAGACUGACGGGCAGAAAUCCUUCCACACAGGCAUCGGUAAGGCUUUCCGUGAGAACCCGAACAUAACAUAAACACUCGUACAGCAAUAACGUUUCCACCGCGCGCUGCGAUGGCGUGCUUGCCACGUCCGAGACGUACGUAUGCACGUGUAUAUGGUUUUACCUGCUGAGCGUUCAUCGACGGGAGCACCAUACGGAACAUCUUGCGCCGUGUCCAAAUGUUUUAUUGUGUAAAAGUGUGCAAUAUAUUUUUGUAAAGUUUGAUUUAUUAUUAUUAUUAUUAUUAUUAUUAUUAUUAUUAUUAUUUUUUAAACAGAUACAUCAUUGCAACUUUACUAAAGGGGCCCAAACUCAGGGGGCUGAUGGGGAAAUACACUUCACGGCUCUCGUGAGAUUGCUGUAAAGUGAGGUAUCUGCAUGCCCUUACUGUUUUUGAACCUAGCACAUGGCGUGUUAUUUAUCACUGUAUUCAAACAUAUAUUCAUAGACCUCCGAUAUAUUUAUUUGAAUUUCUUUUUUUUUUUUUUUUUGGUUAUGGGAAAACCACAUGUAUAUAACUAAUGUAAACCCACAGACUAGACUACAGUGUAUUAUAAUUUUUUUUUUGUUUGUCUGUUUUUGAUUCUUGUAGUAAGGCUUUAUUUUAGUAGAUCUGUUUCGGGGGUGUUUAAGGAGUUGUGUCCUGGCGAGUCUGCACCCGACCUGCAUGGUUUAUAAACUAUUUUUAUAUUUAAAAACCCGGGCUUGGUGUGUGGCGUGGUCUCUGUGCACUACCUUGUUUUCCAGCAUGUGCUCCAGACCGGCUUCACCUUCAAAAUAGACGGGUCAUGUGAGGGGAUAAUAUUAGACACCUCUUUUAAUAUUAGGCACGUCACAACAGCUGGUGGGUGGAGAGCGUACCCGCAACUUUACAUUACAACGUUGCAUAUGCACCACCGGUCGAAAGUUUCUGGACACUCCGCUGACAUGUCUCUCGUGAUAUUAAAAAGCUUUUUGAUCUCGCGAUCGGACGUGUCCAAUCGGCAUCGUAGACAGAAAAAUAUCAAAGUGCAGACGUCUUCACUUCUCUCGUUAGAAAAUGAAUAUUUUAUUUACAAAUUUUUUUAAUUAUUUUUUUUAAACGGACGACGGCUUUCCAAAAAGCAGCCGAGAAGAGUGCAGCGUAGGUGGGAACUCCUUUAAUACUGUUUAAAAAGCAUCUCGGGGACAUUCCUCAAGAGAUCACCAAGAAUACAUUUCUGGAAAUUCUACAAGAAGGGCGUCUACUUUGAAGAUGCUAAAAUACUCAAUUAUUUUGUCUUAUUUUGGAUUUUUUAAUCAUGAUAUAAUUCCCAUCGUUCCAUUUGCGUUACUCCAGAGUGCUGAUGACUUUUAUUAAAAUAAAAUGUGGGAAAAUAAGGUGUGGCUUAAUAAGGAACUGGAGUCUGGAGAAAUGUGAGAAAUACAUCAUAUAUAUGCGCGCCAAUAUACAUCAAACUUUCCAGUCACGGUAGAGUCGCGUUCUAAUAAAAUGAGGAGGUCCUAUUGGUUUUCUGUCCUCCUGAAGAACGGAUCGGAUUUCCCAGCAGUACGUCUGCGUGACGGUUAUUUAAAGGGUCACUAGAUGAAACCGGGUGGUCUGUGUUUCUUAACAGGAAUUAUAAUUGGUCCACAACUUGCAGGUCCAUCCAUGACUUAAACAGAAGCUGAUUAUUCGAGAAGAUUGGCACGGCGUCGUCAUAACACGCACGCAGUCACCGUUUCACAAGAAGAGGGUAAAAAUCUCAUUUGAAAAGACUCCAGUUAGUUUGGAACAUCAUGUUUUUAUUAAAUUAAAAAAAAGAACAAUUACUAAUGACUUAUUGUACAAAAACAGUUGCUGAUUAUGGUCACACAUUUUGUGAAGUAACUUUCUGUAACUGAGAAAUAACGCUGGAGGAUUAUUAUUAUUCACUAUGAAGGUUAUUCCAUGCUGAACAGCAGUCUUAAUACCGUCACCGGACGUACUCAAGAGGAAGCGUGCCGUCGUACGCUCGGGUACGGCUUCUUUAAAACUGCUCUCCAACAAGUUUAUGCAAAAAAAAAACAAAAAAACAUCAUUUUCCAACAUUUCUCCAAUCACGGCUGAAGAAACACCAACCCCUUCCCCGCCCUCCCCUCAAACCCAUCAGACAAAGACAAGUGACAGAGUCAAGGCCCAACACUCAACGCUCUUACACACAGACAGCUCUCGUUUAGGUAUUUACUUACGUUAAAUCAAGAACAGCGUCAAACAUGCAAGUCUUCUGAGAGAUUCUUUUAAUCAUCUUGAAUGUUUAGAACAAGUGUAAACAUAACACAUACGCACACACAAAAAAGGCAAACUGGACAGAAAAAUAAAAGGAAUUUGCUGAGGUCAGGCUCGAGUUCCUCGACAUAUCGGUGCUCCGUUUAAAGGCAGGUUUCAACGCGCUUUUUAACACGACAUUCACGUUUAGCUACAAGCCUUAACACUAUUCCCUCAAUGCAUAAAGAGGACAGAUUAGAAGAAGAGCAUUCGUGCUGCUUUCCUUAUUAAUCAUUGAUCAAACUGAGCAUGUUGAGUAUGGACUGAAAUCACGUGAUGCUUGUCUUUUGAGUAACAGGGUCGGGUCAGCUUCAGCCCCGAGUGGAGAGGCUUGGUUUAUAGAAGUACAUGG